UAUUUUUGAGAUGUUUUUGUUAAAAUUGUGCUUGAGUUUUGGGAUGGGGGCGGGAGCACAGUUGGAGGAAGAUUUGAAGAGUUGGGUUGUGGUUUCCAUAACUGGGUUUCAAAAUGCUUACUUCUUUGAGGCCCUUGUGAGAAUGCUGUUGGAGCCGACUUUGCCUGUGACUUCUCUAUUGCAGAGUUCUGAAGAUGAAGUAUUGCUAAGGAAAGUUCUGUAUGAUGCUAUUAUAUUAGUGGAGUAUUGUUUCCUCAAUCCUGAGAGAGCAGUGCAUCUUCCAACUGAACAAAUGAAAAGACUUGCCAUGGCAAGAUUGAUUGUUACCCAGGAAGCCAUAGAGUCUUUAAGGGAAAAUGGAGAUCAGAAAAGAGCUAUAUCUUAUGCAAGUGCCCUCUCUAGUUCCAAAUUACCUGCUCAAAUUAUCAAAUGGAUCACAUCACAGAUUGGCAUGGAUGAAAAGCCUAGUAGAUCAUUCGGAUCUUCACCUAAACUCUAUAGAACCUUAAAGACUCGUGCCAAACUAGUUGUUGAUAAUUCCAAACACGACUAUAAGCCUCAGCCAUCAAAGAUGGAAAGGAAACAUGCAGACUCUGAUAUUCUCUUUUACAUUGAUAAUAAGGGUGAAGUGGAAGACGGUGAUGAAGAACAGAAAAAGCUGAACAAAUCCAUGAGUGCAGCAUUUGUAGCUGCUGCUCACUCAAUGAAGAUGACCAAAAAUGGAGUGACAAAACGGAAAGAGAAGGGAAUCACUGGCAAGAUGAAAAAGAUUAAAUAUCUCAAAUUUGACCUCUCGGAGAACUUUGGUUCAACUAUAGAGAGGAACUCAUCUGUCAGCAAUGAAAGCUUGAAUAGUGGUAGUGAAGUGGAUGAACCAAGUUCUGAUGAAGAUAUGGAAACAGAUGAACAAUAA